AUGUCGUUCCAUUCAGCUUCCCCAGAGCUGAUCGUCAGCGAUAAUUCCCCGACUUCGCCUAACGUGGCCGCCACCGCUCCCCGCCACGACAUCUCGAGCUCCCGCAGCUGUGUAACAUGUCGCCGCAGAAAAGUCCGAUGUAACAAGCGGACUCCAUGUUCGAAUUGUACAAAGGCCGGCAUUGAGUGUAUCUUUCCUCCGCCUGGUCGUGCCCCGCGCAAAUCGAAGCGCCCGCCUGAUGCGGAGCUGCUUUCGCGCUUACGCCGUUUGGAAGGUGUAAUUGAUCAUUUGAGGAGUGGUAAUGGCUCAGGUGCAGAGGGAGCUUCCUCUCAAGCACCAUCCUUAACGACAUCUUCUACUGCUGUCAGUGAUACGCCUGCGCCUGCGCCUGCGCCCACUGCUGCUCCUGCACCACCCCCUGGAUCUACUGGGUCUCAGGGCCAGAGUUCUGAAUGUCCAUUCGCGGACACUGAUCCUAAGAAACCUGCCCCAAACAGACUUGAAAAUGAGUUCGGGCGCUUGGUCAUCGAUGAAGGUCGGAGUCGAUACGUGAGCAAUCGGCUCUGGGCAAGUCUUGGAGAUGAGAUUGAAGAGUUACAAGAUAUUCUUGAUCAUUCUGACACCGAGGAAGAUGAUACUCCCUCUCCAGACUCCCCAAAUUCAAGUUCCCACGAUGGACACAUUUUUGGAUACUACUCGCUGUCUCAUUCGCUUCGAGAGUUUCAUCCUUCUAUUGACAAAGUAUCGAUACUUUGGGAAGCAUAUGAGGAAAAUGUGGCUCCUUUGAUCACUAUCGUGCAUCGACCGACUGCCAGAAAACUUUUUGUCGAGGCAGCACAGCACCCGGAGACGCUUGAUAAGAACUCAGAGGCUCUGGUCUUUGCCAUGUAUCUCUGCAGUAUUGUCAGUAUGAGGCCUGAAGAAUGCACAUUCCGUCUUGGCGAAGACCGCGCAACUGCUGUCAAACGGUACCGCUUUGCUACGGAGCAAGCUCUAGCCAAAGCUGGAUUCUUGAACACACAAAGUUUGGUUCUUCUCCAAGCUGCUGUCUUGUUCUUGGUUUGUGUGCGACGAGAAGAUGACAGCAAAUUUGUUUGGUCCAUGACCUCUGUCGUCUUGCGUCUUGCCCAAGGACUUGGCAUACAUCGUGACGGAACCAAUUUUGCACUCAAGCCCUUUGAGACAGAAAUGCGCCGUCGACUAUGGUGGCAUAUCUCGUUACUGGAUGUUCGCUCGUCGGAAGAUCAUGGGACGGAUCCUAUUAUCCAUGAGAGCAUGUACGACACUCGGUUACCAUUGAAUGUCAACGAUGACGACCUGUAUCCUGAGAUGACGGAAACGCCGGAAGAACGAGAGGGCUGUACCGAUAGUACAUUCUGUCUUAUUCGCUGCGAGAUUACGAGUGCUUUGCGGCGAGCUAAUUACGUGUGCCCCGGCGCCCAAUUUCGUCCGCCUGACAAUAUGCCACCAAUUAAUCGCUGUGAGCGGAUGAUUCAAAUUAUCAGUGAUCGCUGUGAACAACGGUAUAUCAGACACUGUGACAUGAACAUUCCUAUUCAAUGGUGUGCUGCCACAGUGGGACGUCUUAUCCUUGCCAAGUUGUGGCUGAUUGUCCAUCACCCAAUGACCCGGAAAGAUCGCCAGACGAACAUCUCACAAGCAACCCGCGAAAGCCUAUUCCUGACAGCAAUUGAGGUACUGGAGUUUGGGCGAUUGCUCGAAGCCGAUCCAAAGACUGCCAAAUGGGGCUGGCUAUUCCGGACCAAUAUGCAAUGGCAUGGCGUUGCAUUUGUCUUGUCUGAAAUAUGCGUUCGCCCUAUCUGUCCCGUCACCGAUCGAGCCUGGAGUGCGGUUAGCUCGCUCUAUUCAGAGUGGGCAUUGCAGGCCACACAUAAAAAGGGUAUGCUAUGGCGGCCCCUCGCCGCCCUUAUGAAACGAGCCCAAGCCACCCGGGUUAAACAACGCCAGGAAUUAGUAGUCAAAUUUGGCCCAGCUCCCAACCCAUUAGAGCCGGUCGGUGCUGAAAUCACUUCCGUGCCCAACCACCCUCUUCCCCAGAUCCAUAUGCCGCUAGGACAGGCAAGCCCUUUCCAACAUAAUGAAUCAGAUGUUUCUCCACAGAUUACAUCUGAUGUCGAUCUGAAUAUCGACCUCAGCGGAGGUCCGCUCGGAGCUCUACAAAAUAUUUUCCCCGACACAAACAUUUUCGCUUCCCAUAACAUCUACGAUACCCCGUCUACCCAAAGUAGUAAUGUCUCAGCAACAAAUCCAAUCCCAUCAUCGGGCUUAUCAACAGCUUUGCCCUACAAUGCCGCCAUGAACAAUCCUCUCUUGAAUCCGGAUCCACUCCCAGAGGCCCCUCCGCUCAGCUGGGACGAAUGGGAUCAGGUUAUGCGUGAUUUUCAGAUGGAUGUGGAGAAUGAUAAUUCUCAACCGACCAAGGGGACUAAUGUUACUGAAUGGUUUGUGUGA